CUGCCACCCAUACGUCAGAGGUUUUGGCAGCCCGUGGGUGAACUAUUUUCUUCAUUGUUGACCUUUCCUAAAUCUUAGGUGUAAUUAUUUCAUCAUUAGACGUGCUCUGGCUGUACCCUUAUUACCAAGUUUACUUAUUUCGUCAACGUCUCGACUAUGGACUCCGAAGAUGACACAAAGGAUGAUGUGGAUUCUGGUAACGAGUCUAGUGGAGACGAUGUCGACUUUGCAAUGGACGUUGAGACUCACAGUACUAGGGAACGACAAACGGAACUCGAGGAAUAUCCAUACGAGGUGUUAUCGACGGAGGAAAUCGUUCAGCACAUGGUUGAUUGCAUCAAAGAUGUGAACACUGUAGUAGAGAUACCAGCAACAACAACGCGCAUACUAUUAAAUCACUUCAAAUGGGACAAAGAGAAGCUUAUGGAACGGUUCUACGAUGGGGACCAAGAUCAGUUAUUUGCAGAAGCUAGAGUCAUUAAUCCAUUCAGAAAACCAGUCAUACAAAGGCCAAAGCUACCCAGGCGGAUAUCAACGUCAGGGACAGAGGAAUGUGAAAUAUGUUUUUCAAUAUUACCUUUGACUAUGAUGACGGGCUUGGAGUGCGGCCACAGGUUUUGUACACAGUGCUGGUGCGAAUAUUUAACUACUAAAAUAAUGGAGGAAGGCUUAGGUCAGACGAUAGCGUGCGCGGCGCACGAGUGCGACAUUCUGGUGGACGACGCGACCGUCAUGCGCCUGGUGCGGGAGCCGCGCGUCAAGCUCAAAUACCAGCACAUUAUCACCAACAGCUUCGUCGAGUGUAAUCGGCUGCUCCGCUGGUGUCCGUCGCCGGACUGCAGCAACGCCAUCAAAGUGGCGUACGUGGAGGCGGCGCCGGUCACGUGUCGCUGCGGGCACACCUUCUGCUUCGCGUGCGGCGAGAACUGGCACGACCCGGUGCGCUGCUGUCUGCUGCGCAAGUGGAUCAAGAAAUGCGACGACGACUCCGAAACGUCGAAUUGGAUAGCAGCGAAUACGAAGGAGUGUCCGAAAUGCAACGUGACCAUAGAGAAAGAUGGCGGAUGCAACCACAUGGUGUGCAAGAACCAGAACUGCAAAGCUGACUUCUGCUGGGUCUGCCUCGGGCCCUGGGAGCCGCACGGCAGCAGCUGGUACAACUGUAACAGAUAUGACGAAGACGAAGCGAAAGCGGCACGCGACGCGCAAGAGCGUUCGCGCGCGGCUCUACAGCGCUACCUGUUCUACUGCAACCGCUACAUGAACCACAUGCAGUCUCUACGCUUCGAGUCCAAGCUCUACGCCUCCGUCAAGGAGAAGAUGGAGGAGAUGCAGCAGCACAACAUGAGCUGGAUCGAGGUGCAAUUCCUGAAGAAGGCGGUGGACAUUUUGUGCCAGUGCCGGCAGACGCUGAUGUACACGUACGUGUUCGCGUACUACCUGCGCAAGAACAACCAGUCGGUGAUCUUCGAGGACAACCAGCGCGACCUGGAGUCCGCCACCGAGACGCUCUCCGAGUACCUCGAGCGGGACAUCACCAGCGAGAACCUCGCCGACAUCAAGCAGAAGGUGCAGGACAAGUACAGAUAUUGCGACAGCCGGCGUAAGGUGCUGCUAGAACACGUAAACGAGGGCUAUGAGAAGGACUGGUGGGAUUAUACAGAGUAAACACCUUCUGACUACUUCGUCGUUCAGCAUCGCAUUUACUAUCAUUAUUUGUGCCGACACUAUAGCGAUCACCAUCGUAGCCAUGUACAGACAACACAGUGGACUCUGCUAACGUGAUCAAUAUCACGUCUCAAUAUUGGUUCUUAUUGCGUGUUAAUAAGAACUAUUAUUGAGACGUGACGUUGACUUAACUUUAGCAGUAUCCGUAUCCAGGUCACACAAAUAUAUUUAAAGUUUGCCUAACGACAGUGCAACGGAAUGGUCUAUUUCGUAUCAAUCUGUAGAUAAUUUUGAGAGGAGUGAACGUUCAAUGAUAUCGUUAUACAAAUUUUGGAUAUAGAUUGCGAGCUGGAUGCAAUCGUAAUGUUGACUGUACUACACCGCUGACGCAGCUAAAAGUAAUCGAAUAUGGACUUGAAGUUGUGCUCUCUAAAUAAUAGGCUAAAUGUGACAUUUUGAUAUAACCGUCAUAAACAUAGAAAUGUCGUCAUUUGGUCAAAUAUUUUGUUAACAUAAAUAAAUACUUUUCAAUGAGAAAUAUUUUUAAAAUAUAUUUCGUGAAAUUUGUCGAUUGUAAUAAGAAUUUGAGAUUUAAGUACCUACCUACCUAAUAUUAAAAAAUCGUGUGGAUAAGAAAAAUCACAAAAAAAAUAAUGUGCUUUAGAUUUUUGCAGUAAUUAACAGAGCACAGGUUUAGCCUCGUAUUUGAAUUAUUUUUUGUUGGCAACAGUUGGUGUUAAUGAGAUAUGACCUCAUUGUUGCUUCCUCAUCACAUCGCUUGGUUUUACGAUUACGACAUUUGACUUUACUAAUAUUUGGAACGAAGCCGGCGAGACACGAGCCAAACUUGUCAACUCUUAUUAUAUAAUAUAUCGAGUGGGCCUGGCGCCCUCGAUGUGUUGUUUUGUUUAACAAAAAAAAGUGGAAUAAAGAACACAUUUAAUUAAAAUGCUCUUGUCAAUGUUUAAAUUAUAUAAAACAAUUUAUCAAGAAUUUGACAAAUGACAAUUAUUUUAAGUAUUAUAUUAUCUAUGGAAUUUAAUUACACUGAUAGAUGAUUCUCAAGUUUAUAUUACCUUAUUUUAGAUUUAAAUGUGUAUAUGAAGUCUCAGCGAGAUCUUUGUUUCGAUUAUUCUUUUUAUUUUGGUAAGCUAUUUUAUGUGCAUUACACUUACGUAUGAUUCCGGUUUGCCUCGUGUCGCCCGCCGUUAUUUCAUAAAUUGUGUAAAUAAAGCAUCAUAAGUAAGUCUUUCGAAAGGCGACUGAGUUUUGUAUUGAUCCAUUUGAAAACGUAUGCAGUUUUUACAUUAUAUAGUUACACACUAUCACCUCGUUGAGUACAUGUAUUGUUGUGUUGGCGACUUACUAAGUAUAAGUUCAUUGUUUUGAGUGAAAAAAAAUGUUAUCAUCCGGUACUAAUGCUGGGUUGACACAAAACAGACUUUAUUAUUAAAAAACUAUUUAUAAAGUAGAAUAUGUUGUGAUUGUAUGUCACAGUUCUGUGCUAGAUAGUGAUUGUCAAUAUUUUAAUUUAAAAAUCUGUUUUGUGGCACUACUUCAUUGCAAACAAAAGGCGGUUGUCACAUUUUAUAUUGAAAUAAAAAGUGCUUCACUUUUUAUCAAAAUUACAAAUGGCGAUGAAGUGGUACAACCAGGCGAGUGUGAGUGAACAAGGUGCGCCUUGUGAUGGCAUGUCAAGUGUAAGAUCUCAUUUUUUGUAUAAUAUUUGGAGUGACGCGGCUGCGUUGAUGCCGCCGGGUGACUGUCACUGUAACAACUCCGCGAUUACUAACUGUGUGGCUUUCCUGUGAAUUUAUUCCGUUUUCUUCUACGCUGUAGAUAUGAAAUUACUCUCUAAUUCUAUAAUAUGUUUCAAAAAAAUGUAAUUUUAAUUUAUUUUAUACAUGUAUGCUUACGAUUCAAUGGUAACUCCGAACUGAAAAUUUAUUUUAUAUAAAUCUAUUUAGUUAAAAUUAUUUAGAUACACAAUGUUGAUUUGUUAGUGUAGCAUUUUAGUUAAUAUAAUAAAUACCUAUACAUUAUACUCGUGGACGGUUCUCUGGUACAAUGAAUACAAAAUAAUUAUGAUGAAUGAAUUGAUUUCAGCCACGUUGGUAAUUCACUUUAAGGUGUUAAUUCUGCUAACGUUAUCCAAGAUUGGGAUUCAAUAGUGGCUCUUGUUAACACAAAAAAAAACUUCUAUUGAGCCACAAUAUUACUAAUUGUUAGUAGAAUCGACAUCUUAUCUCCGCAGUAGCGUUUGAGAAUAGUUUUCAUUUAAUUUCAACUAUAACAUUUAGGUUUAAUAUAGAAUCAUUUUGAUACGUUAAUAUGUUAAUGUAGUGUCGUAUAAAUCGCCUAGUGUAGUGGACAUUAAAUUCUGGAUGAUUUCCUGGUAUUACGAUAUUCUCAUUCAUUCGUUAUGUAAUAUAAUGUGGUUUAUGUUCAUCAUAGCAUUCUAAUCUAUUUUAAAACUUUAUUUUUCAUAAAUAAAUCUUGAUCAAUAUAAUAUAUAGUGCACAAUUUCUAACUAACAAUUUAUCGGUUAAGGAAAUACAAGAAAAAUAUUUUUACCAAAAAUCCUAUUUUUGUUAUUAGGGUACUAUUUUACAAUAAUAACAAUUAUGAAGAUGUAAGCUACUAGCUCAGGAUAGUGCGUUUUAUUCUGUGAUCGACUUUUAAUUUAAUUAAUGCCUUCAAGGCUCGGUGUUGGUAGAACUAUAAAAUUGAUUUAGCAGCCGACACGCGCUGCCUAAUGGUUUCGAUAAUGUUUAAAAUGUAAUUAAAAUAAACCCUAAUAAGAUUAACGACUGGUAAUGUGAACAUGUUUUAAUGAGGGCUUCGAUUCAUUGAAUUGAGUGAUAUGUGGCCGUAAAAUCAAAUAAGUGUGUAUUAUAAUAGCAGAGCUAUGAACUUUUUUACAAAACCAGCACGUACAAAUAGUUUACUUCGAAAUAGCAAGCUUUUUGUAUAAUUGUCGCUACAUAUCUCUCACUAAUACGUAUGUAAUAAUUUACUGAUAUUGGUAACGAUCGUGCAUAAGUCGGUUGCACUGCCACUAAUAUAACGCUUGGUCCACAAGGUGGACCGCGCCUCGGCCGAGCGACCCCAGCGCUAGGGUUGGGUGACCUCCAAGCUGCACAGACAUUGUACAUAUAGAUGCUGUAUAGAUAUUUAUAUGGUUAACGUGUAAUUCACAAUAGCUGUGUAUUGAUGAGCAUCUUGUAUGUGUGUCUCCGCUAAACACACUGUUGUCUUGAGAGACGGAAAUAAAAAUAGUAAUAUCGA